UUCGCCAUCGACUCACCUGAACUCACGGAUUCCCCCACCCAGGCGGAAAAGAAGGAAGUGAAGGGAUUCGGGUUCCAUAGCCAGAGCUCAGGAAUCUUCUAAUAAGUAAUCCAAGGUAACCACCACAAUGCUCUUUCUUUUUGUAAGUUAAUGUGCAAAUUGCCAUCAAUAAUUUAUCAGCUGAUGCUUCCUUGUGGUUGUGGAUGGACAGCAAUGUUGUCGUCGUCGCGGUUUGUGGUGAAUUCGAACUCAUUCUUCCUCUGCGGCACCAGCGACGGAGUCGUUGCAGUAGUGGACACUGUUACUGAUCUGAAUUACCCAACCUACCGCUCCGACGGCUGGAAGAUCAUCGCCGGGGCAAUAGGAACUGUAACCACAACCACAAUCACAAUCGCCAGCGCCACCAUUCCGGCCGGGACGAAAUUUUACAGGGGGCUGGAAAUAUUCGGGGCCAUAAUCGAAGGCAGCAGCCUGGACAAAUUGUGCAAGGAUCUCUUCGUUGCCCAGUUCUUAGUCAACCGAGACGGCUACCAGAUCAAAUACUUCGACAAAAACGCAGCGGGGGGUGAAUUCGCGUUCGGAAGCAGCCACAUGGUGAAGCUGAACAACAUGCUCGGGUGGGAAAAGUACGGAGUGAAGCGACCAGCCACUGCCCCGAUCACCGCCGUGUGGAACCGUUAUGACGUGGCGAAAGGGGAGGUGGUGGUGGAUUACGUGGCGGCGGAGGAAAGGCGUAGAGAGAUGGAUGCGGAAUUGGGGAAACAGAGGAGGGAGUUGGGGCAGUUGCAGUUGAGGUUGGUGGAAAAGGAGGAGAUUUUGGGGCAUUAUCAGCGGAUUCUGGAGGAGAGUAAGGAGCUUUUGAGGGAGAAGGAGAGCGCGAAAGAGCGGCUGAGGGAAGUGAUUGAAGAGAAGAACAGAGUGGUUGAAGAGCAGAGCAGAGUUAUAAAGGAGAAGGAGAUGGAGAUUCAGAGUUUGAAGUUGAACAAGGAAGAGGCUGCUGGUGUUGGGGAUGAUGGAGAGUUGAAAAAGGCAGGAGAGGGUGGUGGGAUGAAGGAGAAAGUGGCAGGGGAUGAAGAUGAUGAACCCAAGGCAGCCAUGGAUUCGCUCUUGAGCUGUUGUAGGAAGGAUUUGAAGGUGGCAAUCAUAGCUACGAACAGGGCUUUCUUUGUCAAUGUUGUUCUGUCUUUACUUCUUGCAUGCUUAUGUUUCUUUCGCCUUUUUGCUUGAUUGAUUUAAUUGCUAAAUACGUUUGUGUCAAAGGUGGUAGUUUAAUUUUGGUGUUAAGAACUAAGAAGGUUUUAGUUAUGCUCUUGCCUAUGAAAAAUUAGUUGGUUUCAUUUUGGAUGCCGUAUACCAUAGCGAAAAAAAUCUAAAAUUAUCAUUGUUUUAAAUUUUAUUUUUGCAAAAACCGCUCCACGUAGGGACAGUUAAAACACAAACCGCCCACCCAUGCGACAGUUUACCAUGGAACUGCCUGUUAGAUAAGCGGGUUGUGUUUUUCGGGGAAAAAGCGCUAUCCGAAGGAGCGGUUUUUAUGGCUGCUCUAGCACAAACCGCAUCCUUUGGAAGCGGUUAUGUGACGGCAAGGUAAAACGCUCCUCAGGGAAGCGGUGUACCAUGUCGACACAUAACACCCCCCCCCCCCCCCCCCCCCCCACCACCACCACCCAGCGGUUUGCGCCUCGUCACCCGACAGGCGACAUGUAGGAGGUUGCAGGGGUGGGGGCUGCAUGCCAGACUAAAACUGCUCCCCCUGCGGUUUCCAGUGUCAAAUUUGCCUAUAAAAGGCAGGUCCAGAAAACUCAAAAUCCUCACUCCACUCCUUCUUCUUCUUCAAAUUUCAGUUGUGCACCUUUAAAUUAUUUAGUUUUUGCGAUUAAUGUUAAUUCGUAAGUUUGUUUUGUAUUACUUUUCAUUGUCAUUUGUGAUUUUUAUGAUAGUAACUUAAUUACAGUCUUAUUGCAUAUGGCAUUCCAAAAUUUUACGCUUGGGUUACAUUGGAAUAGUUACACGGAAGAGACCGGAAAGGGUGUAAGUUACGUGUGUGGCAAUUUUUAUAAAAUGAAUGUUCGUACGAGACCGAUGCUUGAAGAGCUCCAUCAGAUGUGUACUGAGGUUACCUGAAUGGAUAACACUAGAAGAGUUGAUCGUAUGGUGUAUCGAUAUCCAAACAGACAUGGCGGGUCGUUGUGGAAUGAGGAAUUCAUCAUGACCACUCAGGAGGAUGUUGAUGCCAUGGUCCAAUUUUUUUUUACCACCAAUAAGAUUAAACAAGCGGAGAUGUUCGUUUACACUGAGGCGGUCGAAGGCGGUGUAGGUCAUUCUAGAGAUGACCAAACAUCUGGUAUCCACGGUGGGAAUGUAUUAUAUGCAGAUCAUCCCCUCGCGGAGUACUAAGACCGGAGCUAGAGCCAGGAGUAUCAUGAUGGAACUGGAGUUCAUCAUCAAUCCUUCUCAGCAUAUGAAUAAGAAGCUCAACAGGCGGAUGUGAACCAACAAGCAGGCUACCAGUACCACUGAGUACAACUUCUACCAAAGCUGCGUUAGUUACCACAACUACCAUUACGGAGCUGAUGAAGGUGAAGGUGUCAAAGAAGAGGAAGGCGAUGUCAGCGCAGACAGCUUCGAUCCUCUUGAAAGUGCUGAUGAUUUUGGUCCAGAUUCAGACGCAGACGGCGAUGAGGUGCCUCUCAACCGUGUACCUAUCCCGUACUACAAUCACAUUCAAAAUGAAGAUUGGUAUGUUGAUGCCGACAUGGACCAGCUAGAGGUGCCAAUAUAGGGUCCGCUCACUGGCUUUUCGAAGGGUCAACAAUUUGCAACGAAGAAUAAUGUUCGGCACGCUAUUGGCACAGAAGCAAUGACUCGGAGUUUUGAAUGGCACACAACCCCACGAUAGCAUAACAACAACAUAAAUCAAUUAGUAUAUAAAUUAAAUAAAAACAUUAUAACAACAACAAAAAUUGGGUAAAAUGAGGAGAUUUUUCGAGAAAUAGCACUGUUUAAAAAAAAAAAUUCAAAAAUAGCACACAGCCCCGAAAAAUUCCAAAAAUAGCACCAUUUCCCAAAAACCGCCACCCGAAUCAGCGGUUUAAACAAAAACUGCCACCCAGGGCGCGGUUUUCACCCACCGCAUGGGGCAGGGGCGGUUUGGUUGCAAACCACACCCCACCCUGCAGUCUAUAAUAUAUAUUUUGUUUUCCAAAUAAAUGUAAUAAGUGGUC